AUGGAGGGCCAUACACAACAGCCCUCAGAGCGAAUUCCCGCCCUCCAGGAAUAUUUUGCACGAUGGUUACCCCAAAUCCAUCCAGUUAAAUCAGCAGAAGAAGAGUUUCAAGAGAAUCUCAAGAAAGACCAAGAUCUAUUGACUGGCCUGACGCAAAACUCAUUGGACAAACUCGAUGAGAUUGUCAAAUGCGCAACCCGCAUGCAACAGCUUCAGGCGCUGCAUGAAGAUACCAAGAAACAAAAGGAGCGCGAUUACCAGCAGAAGAUCUGGGAACAACAAAAAGCUCUCGCGUUGGAGUUUCACGGUCUAUUUGGUCCUGAACUUCAUCGGGAACUAUGCAAGAAUUGGUGCGAUUGUCAUGGUCUGCCUUCUUCAACUCCUUCCACCCAGUCAAACACUACCUCAGGCGCCGUCGACAUCGAACAACCCAGAGACAAGACUACCUCACGCUUCACUCCUAUUCCAGAAGAACGGACAAGCGCAAGUGAACCACCCGAGAACAACACGAUAAAUUCCAUGCCGAGCCCUCCCAGCACCGAAAAUGCACCAGAGCCACGCACGCACCCGAGCGAAACAGACAGAACCGAACAUGACACCUCAGCUGCUCCACGAAAGAGACCAGCCAACCCCCCCGCUGCCCGUUCGACGAAGCGCUCUCGACCGAACGUUACAGAAGGUCCCCUCACAGGAGACAGGACAAUCGAGUACGAACAGGUCUACCAGAACGGCAAAGCCGAACCAAAGUAUGUCAUCGCUGAGUAUAAUGGGUUCUGGUACAUCCUCGAGUGUAAGGAACACAGACUACACUUCAACAAUGACCCCAUACGCGGUGCCGCAAAGCAUCUUCGGGGUAAAAAGCAUAACAGGGUGUCUGUUAAUUACGAAGAGGCCAUCCGCGAGCUCGGAACGCGCGUUCUUGGCUGUGGUAAGAAAGAGGCCGCGGAUAAUAAUAUUGUUGCCCGAAGACCUUGUUACUCCCAGAUGGGCAGAACGGUCAAUAGCCUUUCACCCGCACCUGGCCGCAGUAUCCCGACGCGGAGUAAUCAGAGUCCUACGGGGAUUGACCCAAAGCCUGGUGAAGUGUACACGACCUUUUGGAGCGAGACUAAGGAAUUUUAUGCUAUCUUGGUCUUACCCUGGCGCAAUACCGGACAGCUUGGUAAAGACUUGACUCUUACUGUCAAGGAUACCGGUCUUUUCAAGGAAAUCCCAUUUUGUUACCAGUAUAACCAGGCCGAUGGUUUAGCCGAAUGGGCACCUGAGUACCUCCCAGAUGGGCAGCACUACAGCAAGAGAAAAUAUCCGAUCAUGUAUUUUGACGCGUCUGUGUUCCCAGGGGAAUGUCGGGUAAACUGGGUCGCUGCUCGCGAGUUUGCACACUACAAUCCCAAGGUUGCUACUAUCCCGUUCAAAGACGUUGUGGAUGGCUAUAUUGCCUCGAGGAACAAAAGCGUGCAAGAAGCAGGUCGUCGUACCAUGAUAAAACACGAGAACGGACAACGAAACCUCAGUGUCGACGCACCAACCGCCGAGAUCUUCCCGCGCGAACAGCCCGCAGGCGCUCGAGAGAUCAUCGUGAUAGAUGAUGAUAGCGACGAUGAUACAGAAAGCCGGUAUCAAGUGCCGAAUACCUUGAUCAGGUCUGACGAUCCCGUUCCCAAGACCGAACCCUCAGAUGAGUUUAUGACGGAUGUCCAUGACCAGCAAAGCACAAGCACCACCUGUGACACUGCGUCUUCGCAGAAGCCAUUCACAGUUCAAGAUCACACUCAGCUGUGCGAUGAUUUGCCCGAGUCUCAAUUACCAACUGGAGAUGCACCUCUUCAAGGUCCAACCUCAUGCGACAUGGAAGCCCAAACCCUCAAUUAUAGUCUGACGCCGCAAUGGCCUGCAGCCGUUUUGCACGACCCAUAUCCGACCGACAACACGUAUAUUCAUCCACACCAGCUAUCUCAACCAGCUUCUACUGAUGCCCGUGCACCGGAAGCCAUCAUGGCGCCGUUGCCUCCCCGUCAGUCGCCUUCAGUCCCAGGCCUCGGCGACAGGUCUCGAACGCAACCAAAAGCCAUCCCUUGCCAAGAUGCCGGGUACACUUAUCUCAACCAAGCACGAAGUGCAUCAUCGCAAUUCCAACUUGACAGCGACGGUCAACUGAGAUGGAUUGCUCCCAAGACUCUGUCCGGGGUUGCUCCGAAGCAGAAGCCCAUGAGUGCCCGUCAGCAUGAAGAGCUUAGAACUCGGAUUCUGCCUACUGGUAAAGAGCCCCAGUCCACUCAGCAUCAAGCGUCAAUAGUGACUUCUCAGCAACCGACAAAUGCUGAAGCUAUUUCGGCUCGUCUAUUGGGAAAUGUUCAAAGUGAUCCAAUUGCAAGAUUCAUCAAUCACUACAUUAUCUCUAUCCUUUCUUUUUAA